GGUUUGUUUACGUCUAGUUGCCACGUCCCGCCGUUAUUAACUGAUCGUCUCGCUGCAGUCCAGUUCAUGUGAAUAUUUAAAACGACCAUGUUGAUUCAGACCUUUGCUGUAGACUCACCAGUUGAGCUUCACGUGAACUCUUGCCCCUGAAGAUAACUCAGCUCUGUUUACCCCCUCCUCAUGUAGGACUUCUGACCCCUCAGGUGCUGCGGCGUAGGCUGACCAGGUGUAACUGCUACGUCUUUGGUUACGCCAUGCACGUGUCUCGGAGAAACACCAUGUUUUCGCUCGUGGUUGUUUUUGUAAGCUUUUCUGUAUCGUCGGCUGCGAACUCUUCUUAUGUCGCUGCUGUGUACGAACACAGUGUGGUCCUGAACCCGGAGCCUCACGCCCCCCUGUCCCGCCCCGCUGCCCUGCAGCACCUGAGGGAAAACCUGGAGAUCUAUGAGGAGCAGGCUGCACGAGCCGCUCAGCAGGGUGCCCAGAUCCUGGUGUUUCCAGAGGAUGGUCUUCAGGGAUUCAACUUCACUCGUUCAUCCAUCUAUAACUACCUAGAAACUGUUCCUGACCCCCAGCAGGAGAGCUGGAACCCCUGCACUGAUCCUGGAAAAUACAAAGACACUGAAGUUCUCCAGAGGUUGAGCUGUAUGGCCCGUCGUAACAACCUCUACCUGGUGGCCAACAUGCCUGACCUGCAGCCCUGUCCUCUGAGCACUGACCCCUCCUCUACCUGUCCCUCUGAUGGACGCUGGCAGUUCAACACUAAUGUGGUUUUCAGCUCGGAUGGCCUGCUGGUGGCCCGCUACCACAAAAACAACCUCUACUUUGAGGAGGCCUUUGACACUCCACCACAGCCUGAGAUCAUCACAUUUGACACUCCUUUUGCUGGAAAAUUUGGCCUCAUCACUUGCUUUGACAUCCUCUUCCAGGAGCCUACAGUUACCCUCAUUGAGAAGGGUGUGCGUCAGCUCAUCUUCCCAACCGCUUGGAUGAACCAACUCCCACUCCUGGAUACAAUCCAGUUCCAGCGGGCGCUCAGUUUGGGUGCCAAAGUCACCCUGCUAGCAGCAAACAUCCGUAAUGACCGUCUGAUCAUGACAGGAAGUGGCAUCUACACACCAUUCUCUGCUACCUACCACCACGCACAGAACGGAGACCCAGAGGAGGGCAGGCUGCUGGUGGCUAGGGUGCCAGUGUUAGACCCUGAGUGGUUGGGACAGAAGGAAACCACACAGGAGAGGACAGCUGAGUCUGGAUUCUGUCUUAAAGAGACCUGUUCUGAUGCUUCUUCAGUCCCUCCAUCCUCCAAUGCCUUCACUUCAUCUAUGAUGUAUGACCCGUUUACCUUUGUCCUCUUGAACGAGAUGGAGGGGGAAGUUAAUGUGUGCAAUGGCUCCUUUUGCUGCCGCCUGCAGUAUCAUCGCUUUCCACAUGAUGGCAGCAACGAGCUGUAUGCAUUGGGAGCAUUUGCUGGUACCCAUGUUGUGAAUGGGCGCUAUGCUGUGCAGGUUUGUGCACUCGUCCGUUGUGCAGGGUCGGACCCCAGCUCCUGUGGACAGAUAGCAGAAGAGGCUGAAUCUAGAAUGGACUUCCUUUUGGAGGGGAAGUUUGGGACCAAAUAUGUGUAUCCAUCAGUUUUAGCCAGCAAGAUGGUUCUAGAGCAGCCAGGGCAUUUUGAAAAAGGAGCAGACGGUAGAGUGAUCUUAAAACACUCAAACAUGGCUGGUGGGCUGGUCAGCGCCUGUCUGUAUGGACGGAUGUACCACCUGGACAAUGAAUGAAAUGCUUUUAAAAAUAUUCCAACCUUG